GCCUAUGCAUCUAUCUAAAUUUUAUUUCUAGUUGUUCACGUUUUGCCUGGAUAUGGUACUUCCAAGUCAUUCUCGUGCCUAGGUGCAUUCCCAAUAAAAUGACUCGGUUUUAGAACAAAUCCGUUUUGGAACUAGUUACGAAUUAUGUUCGACAACUGAGGUUUCACUCUAUAGCAAUACUUUGUCCAGAUAAUCGGUUCUAUCUAAAUACCACACUUUUUAAAACCGGACUAAUCGAGGAAUGCAGUAAACCUCACAAGAAGAUAUUUAAAUCUAUAAAGAAUAAAAUCAUAGAUCCAGAUCGAACACGUUUCAUUAGCAAUGUCGAACUGUGAAGUGCAGUACGCCAACAACAAAGACUUGAAGUUUGAGGAUGUGCAGAUUCUCAUGGAUUGGUUGAAACAUCAGCCACAUUUCCCACCACUUACAGAAAAUCAGGUGAUAACAUUUCUUCAUAGUUGUUACUAUAGCAACGAAGCUACAAAAAAAACAAUAGAUAAUUACUUAACGGUGCGAAAAAUCUGUCCGGAAUUCUUCAAAAAUCGUAAUCCAAGCAACACCGACAUCCAAAGCACUUUGAAUUUGCUCACUAUUGCAACUCUUCCAAAACUAACCCAAGAAGGAUAUAGCGUAAUAUAUUACCGUCUGAUUGAUUCAAAUCCUGAUAAAUUCAUUUUAAACCAUGUUAUCAAAGUGUUUGAUAUGGCCUCAUCCAUUAUUGUUAAAGAGAUUGGGAUGGUGAACGGACACAUCAUCAUUAUAGAUUUACAUGGGUACACUCUCGCGCAUAUCAUGAAGAUAGGUGUGUUAGCCGUGAAAAAAUAUAUGUUCUUCCUGCAGGAAGCGUUGCCGUUCAGGUUGAAAGGUUUACACAUCGUGAAUGCUGCUUCUCUCAUCGACACUUUUAUGGCCUUAUUAAAACCCUUCAUAAAAAACGAAUUGUUGGAGACGUUACAAGUGCAUUCUGGAAACCAAACUCUAUUCAAAAUAGUCGAUAAAAGCUGUUUACCGAUAGAAAUUGGAGGAAGCGUGGGUUCAGUAAUCGAAAUGCACAGUGAGCUCAAAAAGAAAUUUUUGGAGAAUACAGAAUAUUUUAAGGAAGAAGAGAAAUUGAUAGUUGAUGAAAGUAAAAGACCGGGUAGCCCGAGGAAUGAAGGAGAUAUUUUUGGAGUCGAAGGAACUUUUAAGAAAUUGGAUAUCGAUUAGAAUUAAAAUAUAUUUUAUUAAUUUUAC